AUGUCUAGUCGAUAUCAAGGACCCAGUUUUGGCUUUAGUGCUCGAAAAGAUGGUCGGCAGAGACAGUCUAUUGCUUCCAAUGAUGAAUUUCUUAAUGUAGAUGAGGCAGCUCGAUCCAGAAUAAGCUCUGACAGUCAAAGAAGACCGUCUCAACAAAGUUACCAAAGUCGUGCAUUAUCAAAUAGAAGCCGUCAUUCUGAUGUUGAAGACGGUACUCGCUCCUUAAAUUUCCAUCAUCAUCAACAUCAACCCCAUUACACAAACCGCACUGAAGCCAUUGAACCUCUUCAUGAUCCUGCAGGAAAACCACUUCGUAGACAUGGCACAGAUACCAUUGGUGAUUUGCUCUUGCAUCCUCUCAAAGAACUUCAGCUUCAUCAUAAGCGUGCUGAAGCCUACAAAGUUGAAAAAAAAGCUUGGGAUGAAAAACAUCCUGAUUCAAUUGCAAAAGACAUUGAAACCCCAAAUGAAGUUGCCAUUGAAGAAGUGAAAACUAGAUUAAUUAUUCAUUUUAGACACUUAGUCAGUGAUCAUGACUUUAAAUUCACUGAAGAAUGUCUGGAUGCUCUUGAAAGACCUCUUGAUUUGACACCUGAAGAAAAAGAAAAGAUGAGAGGAUUUAAAGAUACUGACGAUUUGAUUGACUUUUUGGAAAAGACAAAGAGAGACUACUCUGUCAAGGUUCAUAAGACAGUGAACCUUAAAGUUGAAUUGUCUACCGCAAAAAAUGAAUUAGCUUCCGCCAAAAGUGAACUAUUCCACAAGUCUUCUAAAAGCUUUGAUUUAGGCAGUCGACAAAACACUACAGCGACAGCUAGUAGUGAUGGUAGUGCUAGCACGAGUGAUGAAAAGGCCCCGGGUACAACAAAAAUCGUCCAGGGACCUCAGAAAUCUGAUUCUGGUAACUUUACCAAUGAACCCACCGUACAGCAUCCUCAUGUCAACCGUUCCGAUGACGACUUAUUGAUUGACUUGAAUGACAAUAUCUAUAUCCAAGUUCAAUUUAUACCCAUGGUUCACCAUGAAGAAGAGAACCACAGAAGAGCCAUCUUUUUGUUGCCUGACCCUGACUUGUCUGAUGAGAUUGGUGAAGAAACCAAGGCCACCUGGACUGAACUUUUAGGUGAUGUGUUUUAUGUAGGUUGGUUAAGUCAGUUUACACAUUCUGUCGAGAUCAACAGUGUAGACAAUAUUGGUACGUAUGCUGCUUGGUUUGUCGUGAUGUGGUGGACAUGGUGUUCUAGUGCUUUAUAUUCUUCUCGAUACGAUAGAGGUGAUGUAGCGCACCAUGUCUAUAAGAUCAUUGAAUUGUGUGGUUUGAUUCUUAUGGCUGGCUCAAGUGACAAGGCACGAUUUGAAGGUUCUCCUAAAUGGUUUAUUAUUGGUUAUAUUAUCAUGAAGGCUGUCUUGUUACUUGAAUAUUCUAUCGUGUUUAUUGUAUCCAUCACUACUCACGUAAAAUCAUCCCGUCGUCCUUUGGGUGCUUAUGUUGUUGUAUCUGCAAUUUCCAUUGCCAUGUGGGGUGCCUCUCUUAUCUAUGUAACUGAGGAAACCAUGAAAAAGCGAUACGCACUUUGGUAUAGCAGUAUUGGUCUAGAAAUCUUGGUUCAUAUAUUUUUACAAAGUAAUAGUCGAGUUUCAUUAGCUGCUAGUCACUUGGGUGAAAGAUUCGGUCUGUUUACAUUGAUCAUUUUGGGUGAAAACUGUAUGGGUUUCAUCAAGAUGGUAGCUGGGGCAGACCCUACACCUAGUCUACUUGCUUGCAACUGUUUUGGUGUCGUGAUUAUCUUUUGCUACUUCUUUAUGUACUUUGAUGAUUUCACAGGUGAACUUAUGGAAAAGACACAGCUUAGUCAACUUUGGAUGUAUCUUCAUUUCCCUCUUCAUCUAUUCCAAGUGGCCUUUGGUAUUGCCUUAACAGAUGUGAUUGCACGCCAUAAUCUCAAACAAGAUACACCUGAAUUCCUUGCUCAAACAAAAGAAGAAUGUGCAGCCGCUAGUGCUAACCAUUCUACUGCAACAAGCGAACAUGCUACAACAACGAGCGAACAUUCUGUUGUUGAAAAUGCUCAUUAUGCGAUCUUUUCUGCCUCUGCAGAAGCUGCAUCAGGUGAAAGUGAACUGAACUGCGAUCCUUUGUUUAUUAUCAAAGCAUUUUGGAUCUCUGCAGGUUUGAUUUUAUGCUUAAAUGCAUUUAUCAAGCUGGUCAAUACACCUAUUCGACCAGUGACAACGUAUGCCAAUUUGAAUGCUUUGGGCAUGGUUUCUGUCAUGAUGUGUUGUUUGCUGUUCCAAUCCGCUGUCGAUUUAUUAGAUUAG